AUGGCCGCAGCAACACUGGGCGGCGUGACGGCCAAGCACAGGGAUAAGAGAUAUAUUUACAUCAACCCAGAUGUAAACAUGAGACUGGGUUUCCUCAUCAACUUGCCAGUGUCGUUGGCCAUCCCAACACUGGCACCUGUGAACGGACGCUCCUUCGACCUCAGCAACACCAUUCAGAGCGAGGUGUUCCCAGAGGACCUCGCCUGGGAGCCGGCCUACGAGCAAGCCUUAAGUCGGCUCACAACUUACUUUGCUCAUCUCGAGUUGCCAACGUUGUCGUGCCAGGAGCGAUUCAUAUGUGAGGUGACUGCUGACCCGGAGAGUCUCUUUCCCAUCAGCCAGAUCUUCAUGAAGGAACUUAAGCUUCUGAACGGUCCUGUGGACACUACUGAACGGUCUCUAAUGUGGCGGUACAUGAUGGCGGCACGUGAGGGCUUUACUGCUCCGGUUGACAAGUGUGCUCUGUCCUUCCCCAGCUGUCCGCUGUCGGCCCAGCGAGUUCUCAACAUGCCCGUUCUCAGAGUCUGGCAGUAUGUUUUCCCCAAACUGGAUAUAAAACCACUUUAAAACCUAUUAUCGGAAACUAAUGCAAACUGUGCAGUCUUCUGCUCCAGUUCUCCUUUGGCUGUCUAGCCGGUUCUCAACACCAGUUAGUCAACACAUUUUCAGAAAAUUUCAUUUAGAACCAUUUAAAGGUGAUAACUUUAAACAAAUUAAUUAUUAAACAAAUUAUUCAAACUGUUAAAGAAGCGUAGAGUACUAGUGAGCAAAGGUCUUAUGUAAACUAAUGACAGUCAACAGUGAACAUUAAAUUUAUAUCAGUGAUGUGAUUAUGUAAUAAAAACAUAAAAAUGAGAUUUUACUACUUGUACUACUCUAGUCAUUAUUGUCAUUCCGAAAGUAAUUUCAAGCACUGAAAAAUUGCAUUGGUCUGACAUAUUGGGUAAACAUGGUUCGAUAGGAUUCCUUACACAAGUUUCAAAAAGCCGUUCUUAUGUUGGCCAACCUGGCAUAUGCCGCUGAUGUUAUCCUCUUGAUGUAGGCUUCGGGGGACUGGUCUGACGUGGCCUGCUCCCUACACCUAUCUUCAUUACAUUACAUUUGCUGGGGUUAAACUCUAACAGCAAGUUGUUAGACCAUUCCUGCAGC